CAUAGGGCGCGCAGUCAGGCAGGGGUAUAGACAGCUCAUAGCCGGGGACUUUCAGCAGCCCACGGAGGUGACUUUGUGAAGAUGGCACAGGCAGCGAGGCGGAUGGUGCAGAGGGUGGUGACCGGGACCCCGAUGCUCGCCAGCGCUGCUGUUAAGUAUUCAAGGCCUCGUCUAGCUACUUUUUGGAAAUAUGCUCGGGUAGAGCUGAGUCCUCCGACACCCAGUGAAAUCCCUGUGGCUGUCGAAAGCUUUAAGGGACUUGCUGCAUCUUUCAAGGCUGGGACUUACAAACAACUAACUGUCAAGGACGCCUUGAGAAACACAUUGGUGGCCACAGAAGUUCUGAUGUGGUUUUUCAUUGGUGAGGUCAUUGGCCGAGGAAGCCUGAUUGGAUAUAAUGUCUGAGCUCCUCUGUUUGACCCAGCAUUCCAUUGUAUAUGAAUGAACAUAAUAUUCCAAAAUAAACAAACCUAUUAUUAAGACCUGAAA